AUAUAAAAAAAAAAAAAAAAAAAAAAAAAAAAAAAAAAAAAAAAAAAAAAGAACGAGAAAGAGCAUAAUGACGAACGAGAGAUUGGCUUUGGAUAAGCCACUUUGGGAUCUGAGUACCUUCGCAGGUAGAUGGAAACAUUUUGCCUGGGUUACGGAUUUUCGAACUUGCAUCCUUCCUGAACAAGAAUUGAUUGCCGCUAAGAAAUUAUGCGAAGAUUACAGACUUGGAAAUGAGCCAGCUGGUACCACCAGAAAAGAAAUCAUCUAUGCUAAGAAGCUCUACGAGUCGGCCUUUCAUCCGGACACUGGCGAUCUACAAAAUGUCUUUGGUAGAAUGUCCUUUCAGGUGCCAGGUGGUAUGGCUGUGACCGGUGCCAUGCUUCAAUUCUACAAAACAACCACAGCAGUAGUUUUUUGGCAAUGGGUCAAUCAGUCAUUUAACGCGCUCGUCAACUAUACCAAUAGAAAUGCAAAUAGUCCAGUGACCACAAAUCAAUUGGGUGCAGCUUAUGUUAGUGCUACAGCAGCAGCAAUGAUAACAGCGAUAGGAUGUAAAUCUUUCUGGGAGAAAAGGGCAAAUCCUUUGAUGGCAAGGUAUGUGCCGUUCGCUGCGGUAGCUGCUGCUAAUUGUGCAAAUAUACCAUUAAUGAGACAAAAUGAGAUACUAAAUGGAAUCGAAGUUACCGACGAGAAUGGCCAAAAGCUUAGUAAAUCGAAAAUAGCUGCUGUGAAAGGCAUCAGUCAAGUCGUUAUCUCGAGAAUCAUUAUGUGUGCACCUGGCAUGUUGAUUCUCCCACCUAUAAUGGAAAGGUUAGAGAAAUACGAAUGGAUGCAAAGAAUUAAAAUCUUUCAUGCACCAAUACAAGUUAUGAUGGUUGGAUGCUUCUUGACGUUCAUGGUACCGACUGCUUGUGCGUUGUUUCCACAAAACUGUUCAAUCGCAGUCAGUACUUUGCAACGAUGGGAGCCUGAAAGUUAUGAACUUUUAUUGAAGAAUUGCGAAGGAAAGGAUAUACCAAUGCAUUUAUAUUUCAACAAGGGAUUGUAAUAAGUUCAAAGGUUUGCUCCAGAGAUGAAUAACAAUUAUAUGUAUGAUAAAAUUAAUGUCAAUUAGUAAAGAGGAAUAAGUCAAUUUUUAAUUAAAUAAUAAUUGAUAAUGAAGUGAUAGUUAAUUAUUUAUUAAUGAACUGUUGUUAAUGAAAAAACUUGUGUUAUUUAGUGGCACUGAUCAUUAUCAUCAAGGAAAUUUAUUAUUUUAUAUAUAAAAAUGAAAAACAGCACAUAUCAAUCAAUGGCUUUGGUAGUCAAAUAUAAGAAAAUUCUAAAAAUGGGAUUGGUCGCUUUGGUUUGUGAAUGGCUCAAUUGUUACUUUAUUAAUGUAUUUCAAAUGAGAAAAACCACAUCAUAGAAGAAGACAGCUAAAGUAAACUAAACCAAGCUAAAUUAAUUUUAAUGUCGUACGAGAAGAAGUUGACUGAUGUUUAGAUUAUCGAAUAGAAAACAUAUGAAGAAAAAAAACAUACAAAAAAAAAAAAUUAUGCUGCCAUGUAUAUUUUAGUAAGAAGUUUCAUUGUCAGUAAAUAUUACAAAAGAAAUUGUGUCGACAAUGAAAUUUUUCUAUUGAAUUUAUUACAUCCUUCAUUUGUCUUUUAUAUCUAUAUAUAUAGUUAUAUUUAUUUAUUUAUUAUUUUGUUUUUUUUUAAGAAUAAAUAAACUAAAAUGUUUAUAUUAUUCAUAUGUUAGGCCUCGAGUGUCUAGGUUGUUGAUUUUGUUGUGGCAUGUAUCCAAUACGUUCGUGAAUUUCAGUUUGUGGAACUUUCCCACUCCAGGAAGGAGGAUUAAAGUUUUGUUGUCUCUCA